UGCUGCUGUAAGCUGUUUGCCUUCUCAGUAGAAUCAAGAUUAGAGUUUUGUAUGUUUUCUCUCUUCAAGUUAUUUUCAAGGUUUUAGGUAUGAAUUUUCCUGCUCUUUACUUUUUUCAGAUUACGUACAUGUUUCUCUCCUGUGUUUGCUUUCUCGUUUUUAAAGAAAAACAUUUCUUACUCCAAUUCCGGUUGACAGAUAUCCACGUCCUCAAGACCACAGCUAUCUCUAAUUUGGCAUCUUGUUGGCAGUCUCAUACAAGAGGGCCAGGACUCAGUGGGCCAUGGAGACUGAAUUAACCUAUGGAAUUCUGGGCAGGUUCUGUGGAUAUGCCCCUGAAGGAUCCCUGCCAGAAACAAGCCUGUGAAAUACAGAAAUGCUUGCAAGCCAACAACUAUCAGGAGGCUAGAUGCAAGGCUGUGCUCCAAGAGAUGCGAAGAUGCUGCGCCCAGUACCCCAAGGGCAGAUCCAUCUGUUGUUCGGGGUUUGAGAAAGAAGAAAGAGAGAGGGAGACGCACAAGACAGUUUCAGAUGGGUUUCAUGCAGCACAACAGUAACAGGCUGCAGCUCCAGGCUGUUAUGGAGUGUGGGCUGCCAGACAAAGUAGUAUGCAAGUGGCAAACAAGAACUCUUCACAGCUAAACCAAGGGGGUUCAGGCUGGAAUGGAGGCUACUUUGAGGAAUAAGAUAAUUCAUUCUCCAGACCAAUAAGGAAACCAGAGAAGACUCCAUCAUAGAAUUAAAUGUCUUGUGCUCUGAAAUGUAAAAUUCAGUACAGUAGAUGGGCUGUUCAAACAAUUGUGCCUUAGAGUGCAUUACAUCUCUCAAACAUAGUUUGUUUCUGAUGCUUAACAUGCUCAGUUAUCCAUUGUCAGAAUAAGAAUUUGAGGGUGAAAUAUAAAACUUAUUCAGCCUUCACUGAACACAAUGCAUUAAGCAAGACCAUCUUCAAGUAGGUGAAAUAUUCCUUUCGUUGGGCCAUAGUUUCCUGAAGUGAUCUGCUUUUCUAGUGAUUAAAGCAAGAAUAGGAGUCCGCUCUAGGGUUAUUCCCAGCUGGGCCACGGUUCCUCUCUGACCGUAAGUGCCUGUUCCCUCCACUGUGCAGCUAGACUAGAUUUGAGUGUUUGGACCACACUGCACAAUAGUGCUGGAAUGGCCUUAAAGACCCUGCAGAAACAUUUUAUUUCAGGGACUGCUACAGGAGUAGAAUUUAUGUAAAAUCAAGGUGUUGGUCAGAAAUAGAUGUUAACGCUUUGCUGAGUGCAGCAGUCUUUUUGUAUGACUCAACAUCUCUAAGCAAUAUGACGUGCAGCGAACGUGUGAGCCUACAGUGCCCCUUUGCACAUCUGUCAUACAAAGCCUAAGCAGUUGAGUGAAAUGAGCACCCUGACAUGCAUAAUCAAGCACAACUUAGUUACCAAUGUAGGUUUUUAGGAACAGUAACAGACCACUGCAGUUACUACAGGACAUAAUGGGCAGAUCCAUCAAAGCAGAGGUGACAGGUCCAUUUGUGUUGUGUUCUAAAUACCAUAAUGCAAAAUAAAUGACUGGCAUAAUCUGA